AUGGCCAGCGUCGUGCCAGACGAGAUCCUCCCCAGCCCUGGGGCUGCGUCUCCCGUCACGCCGACAUCGACCUCAGGGCAGGUGCCAUUGGAACAAGCGCCCCGACUGAAAGGGCGUCAGAGGUUGUUGCAAAGCCUGCAGCGGAUGUCGUCUACCCCGUCUCUGGUAAGACGGACGCGAUCCCACUCUACAGGUUACCAAAGAGACGGCAAGGCUUCCCUGUCGUGUGUCUCCCUGUCGCCACAAUGCUGGGCAGACCCCAGCAUGUCGUCCCCGUCUCAGAUCUACGGCGGAUUGGGUACGAGCUCACCACCCGCAACUACGGCUCCUUCUCCAGGCAGUGCUCGGAUUCGUACCAUUGGGAGUUCUCAGAAUGUGUCGCAGGCGACAGUUCCUCUACCUGCAGACGUGCGCCCUGCGUCUAGGAGUAUGCUGCGGGAAACCUACGAUCCUGAAACAGAAUUGAUCAAUGAGAUGAAUGGAAUGGAUGUUCAGGUUGCUAGUCCUGAAGCUAAGAGCACAUUUGACUUUUGGCAGGAUAUGCCCGAUGAGAUCAAGAUGGGUAUUUUCAAUUAUCUGACCCCAAAGGAAAUAGUACGAUGCUCGCUGGUGUCGAGAGCCUGGUAUAAAUUUUGCUUUGACGGUCAGUUGUGGUCUCGGAUCGAUACCUCAGACUUUUACAGUCAGAUCUCAAGUGAUGCACUUCUCAAGAUCAUCAAGACUGCCGGACCAUUUAUUAGAGACCUCAAUCUUCGAGGUUGCGUGCAACUCCGCGACAAGUGGCUGUCAGAUGCGGAAAAUAUCUCUGAUACUUGUCGCAAUGUGGUCAACUUUUCCUUGGAAGGCUGUCGAAUUGACAAAACCGCCAUUCACUAUUUCCUUCUUCGAAAUCCGCGCCUGCGGUAUAUUAACCUUUCAGGACUAUCGAGCGUAACCAACUCUGCUAUGAAGAUUAUUGCUCAAUCCUGCCCGCAAUUGGAUACUCUAAACGUCUCUUGGUGUUCCAACGUGGAUACCAAAGGAUUAAAGCGUGUAGUCGAAGCCUGCACGAAGCUCAGAGACUUGCGUGCUGGUGAAAUUUCAGGCUUCGACGAUGAAGAUAUGUUGCAGCUGUUAUUCGAGAGAAAUGCUCUCGAAAGACUUGUCAUUCAUCGAACGGAUGUGGACGAUGGGAGUUUGAAAGUGCUGAUGCAUGGGAAAGACCCAGAGAUUGAUAUAUUGACGGACAGACCUAUUGUUCCUCCGCGUGUGCUGAAGCAUCUAGAUCUCCACCAGUGCGCAAACUUGACGGAUCAAGGCCUUCAGAGCCUCACUCAUAACGUUCCGUUUUUGGAAGGUCUUCAAGUUUCUCAGUGCCCAGAACUCACUGAUGACGCCAUCACCGAUGUUCUCCGUACGACACCGAAGUUGACCCAUCUUGAGCUGGAAGAUCUGGACAAGAUCACGAAUAGCCUCUUGAUUGAACUGGCCAAAACGCCAUGCGCCGAACGUCUCGAGCAUCUCAACGUGAGUUACUGCGAGAGUCUGGGCGAUUUCGGUAUGCUCGCGAUAUUGAAGAGUUGCCCGCAACUUAAAUCUGUGGAGAUGGAUAAUACUCGGAUAUCUGACCUAUCACUCAUCGAGGCUAGCUACCUGGUUCGUAAGCGUGGCUACAGCACCGAUCUUCCUUGCGUGGGCUUGCGGUUGGUGGCAUUUGAUUGCGUCAAUGUGACCUGGGCUGGUGUGCGGGAAGUGUUAUCCAGCAACUCCUACCUUCCUCAGGCAUUGAAAGCUGCGUCAGCUGUUGUGACAGUCAAAGAAUCGAACGGAGAGAGCGAUGUUUCCGAUUCUUUGUCGGCAUGUCCUCCGACACCCUCUUUCCCACCGCAGCAAUACCCAAAACAGAUCAUCCAACUCAAAUGCUUUUAUGGAUGGCAAAUGACCGUUGACGAGCACACCAAGCGCGUCCUUCGAGGCUCUCUCAAACCAGCAAAUAAUCUCGCUCGUAAGUGGGCUGACUACAUGAUGGCGACAGAAGAAGCCGGCACUGGAGGAGCAGGCGCCAGACGGCGACGACGUCGCGCUCGUGAUGCCGAGCGGCUGUACAAUUUCGACGAAGACGACGAUGACAGUUACGGACCCUUUAUUGGAAGAAGACGCCGAGCUCGCAGUGGUGGCUGCACAGUGAUGUAG